AUGGAAUGGCUUGAUGCAAUCGUUGUUAUUGCUUCUUUUGUUCUCGAUAUCGUUAUGAUGUAUAAAGACAAUAUUUUCGCCGAAAUAUCUUUAUUGUUCAUUUCUCUUCGUUUAUGGCGAUUAACUCGAAUCAUCAAUAGUGUGGCUCAGACUAUUCGAUCAGAAGAUGAAACUAAAAAAAAACAUUUAGCUGCUAUUUCAUUUGGCCAAUGGAUUUUUUCAGCCUUAGAAUUGAUACCAAGUUUGCUUAUCGGUGAUAUGGAAUACUUACAUAAUGAUUAUCAUUGUCAAGUUGCACCAAGUAGCAUGCGUGGAUCAUUAAUUGUUUGUGUACUUGGUUUUCUUUUUCCAUUUAUUAUUAUAGCAUGCAGCUAUGUAUACACUAUAUAUUAUAUUCGACAACAUAGCUCAACAAUCAUAACAACUAAACAACGAAAAAGUAUGCGUCGUGACAUGAUUAUCUUAAAACGUGUACUUAUCAUUCUUACACUCUUGACAUCUUCUGCCGCACCACAUGCAUUUUUUCCUGUAGCUUAUCGGUUUCUUGGAAGUCUUCCAACAUGUGAAAAUGAAUGUGUUACCAUGUAUGGAACGGGUCUUGAUCAUUUACAUCAACAACCAAAAUCAACUGGCAUAAACUAA